AAACUGUAGUGUACAUGUCAACUAAUAAUUUAAUAAAUGAAGCUAACAGAAAUUUAAGAUAUUGAAUGACCAUAAGUCGGAAGCUGAAGAAAGUUACUUACUGGAUGUUCAAGGUAUAUACAGACUGAUUUACCGAUCACCAAUCGCUGACUAUAUACCAUUAUUGUACAUAUAGAAGUGCAGAAGACAACCGCUGUAGCGCUACGACACGACAUCGGCAUCAAACUUCACCUGUUGAUUUACGCGUUCCGUACAAACUGUGCUUUUGCAAUCACUAUAUAAGUAUUCUUCAAAUACGUAAUAUUAUUUGACCAUAUCAAACGUUUUCGUUUUACCGUCACCUGCGUGUUCGUACAUACAGACAGACUAAUUAACCGAUCACUAACUAUAUACUAUAUCGUUGUACAUUCCGCGCAGUACGGAAGAUAACUGCUUUAGCGUCACGACACAAAAUCUGCAUAGUAUUUCACCUAUUGACUGCAAACUAUAAAGGUUUUGUUAUUAUUAUUAUUUAACGCUUUUGCAAUAUUAUAUGCUUGGUGCUAUUUUAAAAUUUAAGAUUUUAAUAUGGACCGUAUUGUCAAUGAAAACUACAGCGACUGCCUUACGUCACAGGUAAAUACAGAAAAAAUGAUUCCGUCUGUAUCAUCGGUGAAACCAACGACUAUUGUUGAAAACACCGAUGAUAACAUUACAGUAGAACAACGGCAGAAUUUAGCUAAUGUAAGUACGCCGAAUUCAUUUGACCGUAACCGCUUAAAAUCUUCAACUCCAUUGGUUGUGCCUCUAUUCACCAUUGGUGAUAGUGAUAGUGACGAAGAAGAUCAUGUUGACGAGGAUGACCUUGAUAAUGAUGAAGAUCAUGUUAUAACUAUAGAUUCAAGUGACGAUGAAAUAAAUGAAGAAGAACAAAUGAAUCAGCGAACGUUUAACCGCGGUAUUCGUCGACUUAAUUAUAAAAUAAGGCGCGUCAUUAAUGUUAUUUUAAGAUAUUAUAGAGAAGGAUUAUGCGAUGGAGAGAUAUUACAUCUUGAGGAAAAACGCAAUAGUCUAAGACGAACAAAUAGGAGGGUCAACCGAGCGCUUAGAACAGAAUCCACUCAACCACCUAUGUCAGAAGACCAGAUUUUACGUAGGAUACAGACGUUGCGGCGCCGGUAUUUGGAAGCCAUUAGAUCAGCACACGAAUUUUCGUAUAUUUGGAGUAAUGACGAAUUAAAUAACUCAAUAAACUCAGUGUCUGAAUACGCGCAAUGUAUAAAUACUGUUAUCUUGAAACACGAUAAUGAUGUCUCAGUUACUCUAGGUUCUGAUGGAGAAUUAGAAUCCAAUGAGCUGGAUUUUGUUAUUCAGAAUAUGGAAAAUAGCGAUACUGAAUGCUCAAGUGAAUCUGAAACAUCAACUUCGUACAACGAAUUUACGCCUGCAUAUGUUAAUCAACGAGUCAAAAACAAAAAUAGACGUUAUAGAUUGACAAUACGAUAUCAAAGACGAUUACAACGAUUACAACGGCGUCAGAUGUUACGAAAUCGCUUCAAAAAAAUACAUCAUCAGUUUUAUAGUGGUAAUGAUGAAUCACCAACGUCGUCGCAUACUAGACAUUUUGAGGAGAAAAACAAGUUAAGCAAUAACAAAGAUAGUGUUCAAAAUUAUACAUCUUCAUCAUCACUUUGCGUAUUAUCAAAAAAUAAUGUUACCGUUAAAAAAUCCAGUAUAGAAGUUAUUCAGAUAGAUAGCAGUGACAGUGAACCUGAUGAUUAUUUAUCUAGUGAUGAAUUUGAACAAUAUGAUCAAAAUCUGGCACAUUUACACGAAACAGCUUGUCAAACGCAACUAAAAAAUGGUCAUUCGUUAUUUUUAGAAAAUAGACCACCGUUGGAAAUGUCUCUGUCGACGCUAAAAAACAAUCAAAAGGAUAAUAAUAGUAACCAAAAUCUAUCAUUAACGUCUACGGUCGAACAGGUCCAAGAAACCAAUAUCCAUGACGUCGAAACGGGUAAAAUGACUGAUAAUCGUUACGAUAAGGUCGAAGUUGUUGAACCACCGCAUACCAACGUUGAUUGUAUAAAUCAAAAUGUUAAUGGUUCACACGGAAACAUUACUCUGAGGGAAGUUGCACAAACAAUCGCAGCGGCAACCAGGGCUUUGUCAACUACACAUACUGAAAUAUUUCAAGGUAUCAUAAGGAUGGCCGAUGCUUUGUAUAAAACAACGAUUGAACCGAUUGCAGAACUAACGGAAGAAGCAAAACCGGUAAAAAAAGGUGUAUUUGUAGAAACAGAAAUCGUGGAUGAAAAUCCGUACAUAAAGGUUAGGCAACAAUACAUACUAAAUGACCUGCAGCAAAUGAUGGACGCGAUUUGGAAUUUAAUAUCACGCCCAAUCCCCCUCGGCCGCGUAGAAUCAUCAGCUUCGGCAUUGCAAAGGUCUAUAGAGAUGAGAGUGCGGCGAGCGGAACAAGCGGCAAAUAACAUAGUUUCUAGAAAAAGAAUAGCUGCACACUCACCAUCCACUUCUGCCACUCAGAUUUUCACGAUCGAGUCUCAACAAUCGACUCGGGACACACAUCAAAUUCACCUUAGCCCCGACCGGCUGUUGGACGACAACGACAACCAGUCGACAAGUCAAUUGGAACCAAGCACUUCAGGAGUGCGUCAACAUAAGCAACCCUCGCCACCCAUCAUCAUCAUUACACCCCCGCCUAACGAUCCAGAAUCUUCUAUUACCGAGAAACUUUCCAACCAACAUGACGGUAGACAGCGGGUAGUAGAAACUAACAGUUUGUCGUCACAUACAAACGCGAAAAACUUGUUGACGCCUCCGAAAAUAAAGGUUCAGCGCCGUAGCCGCAGUCGGACCCGCGACCCCCUUCGACCGCGGCGAUUUUGUUCACCGUCACCGCCCGGCGGUAGUCGCGUGCGCAACAUUUCCCAAGAGCAGAAGCGCAGAAAAUCGAGAUCACUGCUGGUCGGGCGGAGGUCGCCCACCAGUCCUCCCGUUUCCACAACCCUUCAUCUAUCGUUGUCGCAGCUGCCUUGUUCGUCUCGCGCCGCCAAAACCGCCGAUAUUAGCGCUAGCACCACUGUAGCGGUUGUAGCGACCGAAACAAUCGCCGGGCGACCUAAUUUGUCGCCGCCGCCGCCGCCACCAGAAGCGCUUAGGUCGACCCUGCAGCCGGCGUUAAACGACGAUGGCGCUACCACUUCACUGUCGCAGACCGCACUCGCGUUACUAGAACUUUCUGGACAGUCACCAAAGUCCGACCAAACGAUCAACACUCUUGUUGUCGACGAUCGAACUGUGCAGACAACCGCUACAACUACCACUGUAAUCGCAUCCGCCGCCGCCGCCGACGACGACGACGAACUAAUGUCAAACAGCGAUGUGUUGGCAACCUUCGCUGUCGGCGGUGGCGGGCUCGCAAGGAACCCGGCGUCAAAACGACAGCGGUCCCGCAGUAGGAGCAAUUCGCCUUCGAACGCGCGAAAACUAAAACCGUCGUCACCUUCGGGCAGCGAACAACAACAACCCAACGCGCAAUAGCCGGCGGGAAUGUGUCUACGAAAACUGUAAAUAUUAAACAAUGUGUAUUUUAAUUAUAAGAAAUUUAUGAUAUGUACGUUAGUUGUAGUAUUGUUGUGUUUCUUUUUUUUUUUUUGUUACGUACGGAGAGGACGCAUCGUUUUGCUCGAGACAAAACGGAGUAUUAUUAUUAUACCCGUGUACGUACCAUACGUAGGACACAAAAAAAAAAAACCACAAAUGUUAUUUGUAUAGUUAUUAAUUAGUUAUAAUUAGCAUAAUGUUUUCAUCCACGGUUUCGCUAUUUAUUCGUCGAAAUGGUGGCUACAGACUAAAGAUAUUUAAUUGUAAGGCGCACUUAGGAUCUAAUUUUUCGGACUCUGUACGUCGUACGUAUAUGGUUUUAAAAUAGAAAUUUUAUCGUACUUCGUAACGAUGUGAUAGCAUAUGUUACAAAAGAAAAACGAUAUAAAAAUGUUACUAUAGAAAAUGUUAAAACAACUGGGAUGUCGGUGACAAAAAAAUAAUACAUUUUCAAUUUAAAAUCGUAUUACAAAAUGUUAAAAAAAAAAAAGUAAAUUAUACCUGAAAAUAUCAAGUUAUUAUGAGUUGUUAACAAGAAAAUUAAUUUAUAACAAACUAUACAUUUUUAAAAUUAUAUAACUAAAAUAAUAAUCUGCGCUCAAA